AUGUUCUGCAUCAUCACUAAGGGACAGGGAUACGCCAAACCAAACAAAGACCUACUGUACAGGAUAAAGGCUUUGGAGGGCAGCUGUGAGGGCAAAGAGUUUGACAAGAGGGAACUGAAGUUUGAGUUGGGAGAUGGAGAAAGCCUGGGUCGGCCAAGUGGAGUGGAGAAAGCCCUGACCGCCAUGGAGCAGGGAGAAGAGUGA